AUGACAGCGACAGCGACGCCGACGUCGACGUCGGCUGCGUCGAGAAAGCAACCUGCAAAUAACGCGUUGCUCAGCGAAGCUUUUACGGUUAAGCGGCUUUUAGCGAUCCUUGUAUUAUUCACACUGCUGCACAGAGCUCAGGCCUUGGAGCUGGGCGACAAGUGCCAGCAUGACAUGGACUGCACAGAUUUCAUCAAGGGCAGCAGCUGCUCGGCGCUGGGCUACUGCGAGUGUGCGCCCUACUUUGUCCAAUUGGACACCAAGCGCUGUUUGUCAUCACAACUAUUGGGCGGCGAUUGCCAGCUGAGCGAGCAGUGCUCCAUGAAGGUGGCGAACAGCAGCUGCCUGGACGGUGCCUGCCGCUGCGUCGAGGGAUUCUUGCAAUUCCGCAAGCACACAUGUCUGGGACGUAAGUAUCAGACAACUGUUGACCAAUUGUGGCCCUAA